AUGGUUAGAGACUUAAUAUAUAAUGAAGAACAGACACUAGGUGACUUGGGAGGAAAGAAUACAAUGGAGGAAGAGGAAGGAGGAAGAGGAAAGAGGAAGAGGAAGAAGAAGAAGAAGAAGAAGAAGAAGCGAAGGAGGAGAAGAAGGAGAAGCGAAGGAGGAGAAGAAGGAGAAGCGAAGGAGCAGAAGAAGGAGAAGGAGAAGGAGAAGGAGAAGGAGAAGCAGAAGGAGAAGGAGAAGCAGGAGCAGGAGAAGGAGAAGGAGAAGCAGGAGCAGGAGGAGGAGAAGGAGAAGCAGAAGCAGGAGCAGGAGCAGGAGCAGGAGGAGAAGCAGGAGCAGGAGCAGGAGGAGAAGCAGGAGCAGGAGCAGGAGGAGAAGCAGCAGCAGGAGCAGGAGGAGAAGCAGCAGCAGCAGCAGGAGCAAGAGGAGGAGCAGGAGCAGGAGGAGAAGCAGGAGCAGGAGCAGGAGCAGAAGCAGGAGCAGAAGCAGAAGAAGCAGAAGGAGAAGAAGCAGAAGAAGAAGAAGGAGAAGAAGAAGAAGAAGGAGAAGGAGAAGAAGAAGAAGCAGGAGCAGAAGGAGCAGAAGAAGCAGAAGGAGAAGCAGAAGAAGCAGCAGAAGCAGAAGAAGAAGGAGAAGCAGAAGAAGCAGCAGAAGCAGAAGGAGAAGCAGAAGCAGAAGGAGAAGCAGGAGAAGAAGAAGAAGAAGAAGGAGAAGCAGGAGAAGCAGGAGAAGAAGAAGAAGGAGGAGGAGAAGGAGGAGAAGAAGGAGAAGGAGAAGGAGGAGGAGGAGAAGGAGGAGAAGAAGGAUGGGUCAAACAGCCAGGAAAAUAGUCGGCCAAAUAGUCGACUGUUUGACCGGCUGUUAGUCAACUAUAUGGUUGUAGUCCCAGUUUGUUACUUUGGUGAUUUCGAAUUGGACGAAAGAGAUCAAUGGAACAAGUUGAAUGUUGAUCAUUCUCAAGACAACAUGGAAUUGAAAUUUAAAUUCAGCGAGCAUGCAUCAGUUCCGAUUCCACCUAUAAAGAUUUCUUCUGUUGAUGAAGUGAAUUAUCUGAUUGAAUUAAACAAUAAACACACGACUCCUCUUUGCAUAAUUUUAGUAAGGAAGGAUAUCGUCGAAGAUGAUCAAGUAGACUUGGGAGCUCGUGAAGAUGAUGUGGUUAUUUUAGAGAUAGCUGCACACAGAAUCCCCUUCGCUGCUCGUGACAGCGAGAAUGAAAAUGCAAAUACUUUUACAAACAAGGACUUGAUUGCUUUAUCUCGGCAGAGACAUGAGUGGGGUGGGACCUCGAGGGCUAGAUCGAGUGGACCGUCCUCUAACUCCUCACGUGUGGUUCCUGAUAAUGAGGAUUUGUAUGUCGAGCAACUGUUUGAAACGAAGAAAGAUUUUGGAAGAAGCCGUGCACCUAAUUGCACUGAAAAACAACUUUAA